UGUAUUUUAAUUUUGCCGUCUACACUUUUGACACAACUUGAUACAACACCGCAGUGCGGGUUUAUUUACAAUCAUGUGCUAAGUUUAUUUGAGAUUUCACACUGAGGGAAGCAAUCGUAUCAUACAAAAUUUAAUUCAUUUUUAGACCUUAAAUAAAAACUUUAAGGCAUUCACCGUUCUACAUCAUGUCUAAUCAACAACCUUUAGUUCUGAAAGUGGCCAAGUGUCCCACAGAACAAUUGUCUGUAACCAAUUGUGCAGUAGUAAAUGAAAAAGAUUUUUCUCUGGAUAAAGUAAGGCACAUUGAAAUUACAACAGCUACCAACCGAAAAUAUGUCUUCACUUUAAGGUCAUCACCUGCAAUUCCUUCUGGACAAUUAGGAUUUAGUUUGCCUAUGAGAAAAUGGGCUGAACUAUCACUAAAUCAAACGCUGGAAGUACGACCAUAUACAUUCAACCCCAACAUACAGUAUAUUGCAAAAAUUAUUCUAGAAGUUGAUUUUUUGGACAAGAAAACCACACUUGAGCCUUAUGACACUGAUUUAAUGGCCCAAGAAUUUGUGAAAUGUUUCAGCAAACAGGCUUUUACAGUUGGGCAAUGUUUGGCUUUUGGAUUUAUGGAUAUGAAGAUGUUGAAAGUAGUUGUUAAAGAGAUGGAAGUUGCCAAUAUCGAACAAGUUACUGGAAAUGGGAAGCCUGGAGGGAAAAGAAUUACUCAAGUUGGCUUGUUGCUACCUGACGCUCUAGUGGUUUUUGAAAAAUUUGAAGGAUCAGCUGUCAAUUUGGUUGGAAAGGCGAAAGGGAAAACUGCUAGACAAUCAAUCAUCAAUCCUGACUGGGAUUUUCAGAAAAUGGGAAUAGGCGGUCUGGAUAAGCAAUUUAAUGCCAUAUUUAGAAGAGCAUUUGCAUCAAGAGUUUUCCCUCCAGAAUUCGUGCAACAACUUGGAUUAAAACACGUAAAAGGUAUAUUAUUGUAUGGACCUCCUGGAACUGGUAAAACAUUAAUGGCUCGUCAAAUCGGAAAUAUGCUGUAUGCAAGAGAACCUAAAAUUGUUAAUGGACCACAGAUUCUAGAUAAAUAUGUUGGUGAAUCAGAAGCCAAUAUUCGUAGAUUAUUUGCUGAUGCCGAGGAGGAGGAAAAACGGCUUGGGCCAAACAGUGGUUUGCACAUAAUUAUAUUUGAUGAGAUUGAUGCUAUUUGUAAGGCAAGAGGAUCUGUGGCUGGAAAUACAGGUGUCCAUGAUACAGUUGUAAAUCAGUUAUUAGCCAAAAUCGAUGGUGUGGAAUCUUUAAAUAAUAUUUUAGUCAUUGGAAUGACUAAUCGUAAAGAUAUGAUUGAUGAAGCCUUAAUAAGAUCUGGUAGAUUAGAGGUACAUAUGGAAAUAGGUUUGCCUGAUGAAAAGGGUCGACUUCAAAUCUUUAACAUUCAUACUGUUCGAAUGCGGGAUCAUGAAAAAUUAGCAAAAGAUGUAGAUUUAGGUGAAUUAGCUGCUUUGACAAAGAAUUUUUCAGGGGCAGAAAUUGAAGGGCUAGUGAGAGCUGCACAAUCUACUGCUAUGAACAGGCUAAUAAAAGCAUCAAGUAAAGUUGAAUUGGAUCCUGAUGCCACAGAAAAGAUUAAAGUGACCAGAGAAGACUUUUUACAUGCUUUGGAGAAUGAUAUUAAACCUGCUUUUGGAUCAAGUGCAGAACAAGUUGAGAGACUUUUAGCUCAAGGGAUUAUAAAUUGGGGUGAUCCUGUUGCUUCUGUCUUAGAAGAUGGAGAGCUAUUCAUUCAACAAGCUGCUUCACCAGAGACAAGAGGAAUGGUUAGCGUACUUUUGGAAGGUCCACCAAAUAGUGGUAAAUCAGCUUUAGCUGCUAAACUGGCUUUAAAAUCAGAUUUUCCUUUUGUGAAAUUGUGUACUCCUGAGGAUAUGGUGGGUUAUACUGAAACUGCCAAAUGCCAAAUGAUUAAAAAGGUGUUUGACGAUGCUUACAAAUCUCAAUUCAGCUGUAUAAUUGUGGACAGCAUCGAAAGAUUAUUAGAUUAUGGUGCAAUUGGGCCUCGCUACUCUAAUCUUGUACUACAAGCUCUAUUAGUUUUAUUGAAGAAAGAACCACCAAAAGGUAAAAAAUUGUUAGUCUUAUGUACUAGCAGCAGACGCCAGGUAUUAGAAGAAAUGGAAAUGAUUUAUGCUUUCACAUCUGUACUGCGUGUGCCCAACCUUAGUACAUCUGACCAUUUAAUGGCUGUCCUUGAAGAAACAGAUUGCUUUAACAGGGAGGAGUUAGCUAAAAUCAGACAAAAAACAUAUGGACGAAGGUUACGUGUGGGAAUCAAAAAGUUGUUGGCUUAUAUUGACUUAUCCCGACAAACCGAUCAUGAGCACAGAGUUAUGAAAUUCUUAUCUAAACUUGAAGAUGAAGGAUGUUUGAAUGAAGCACUGUAAAGUAUAGUCAUUAUUGAAUCGUGAACUUUUACUGAAGUUGGCAAUUGUUUUCAUUUGAAAUAAUAUGCUGUUUUGAACAUUCCUUAAAUUUUUUUGUGUUCAGUUAUGUUUUAAUUUAUUACUUCAAGUUUGUGGAUGUAAUAAUUUAUUUUGUUAAUAUGUAUAAUUUUUGUAUUUUAUCAUUGAGAUUUAGGAAUUGUUGGAAUUUGUGCUCUAAAGUUUAACAAUUUUAGAAAAUUUAAUAUCAAUGUUAUUAGUCAAAUAACAAUUGUGAUUAGUUAAAAUAUAUCUAUGUUGACAUUGUUAAAACAUCUGGUUAAAAAUGUUUACCAAUUUAUCUUGUCUUCUGCUAUGCAAGCGCAAUAUGUGAUUAGAAAAUUAACUAGGAUAGAGUUAAAUUUGCAUUGUAGUAUAUGUGCAUGAAAUAACAAUAAACCAUUGACAUUAUCCUAUUUUUUUACAUGUUAUACUAUAAACUUUUUAUUUGUCAAGUGAGUACUUAAAGUAUGAAAAAUAUUUCCAGACAUUUUUACUUGCAAAUAAUUUAUUAUUUAUUUUAUUCUAUUGCGCAAAUCCAUUUCAAAACAUCUUGUUAAUUGUUAUAUGCAUUUUAGGAUUAUGCAUGAUAGGUUAUAUGCAUGAUAAAUAUUUUCCUCUUCGAUUAGCAUUUUCCGUAUUUGAUUAAUAUUUUUAUACCUAUUUCUGUUUCUUUAAAGAGUCUGUUUGAAAUAAUAAAGUGAGUUGAAAUAUCAUUCUAAAGUAUUAAAAUUAUUCGUGUUUAUGCUGCAUAAAUAUUUUUUAUUAAAAAGUCAUAUCUGCCAUUGAUAGUAAAAGUCUAGUGGCUAUUUAGUUAGAGGUGAAAUAAUAUGCUAUUGAAUGUUCUUUGUGAGAUAUUAGAUAAUUGACAUUAGAUAUGUUAUUAAUGGGUUAAAAAUUCAAUCGCAUUAUGGUUUUUUCAUUAUAACUAAGUAUGGUAAAAAAUAUCUCUAUCCUUAGAUUUGUAAAUGUGUUAAUAUCAUUCAGUAUGGUGAAUGGUUUAAAAGUGUUUUGUCCAUUUAACUAAUCCCAAUGGACUACACAGAUUUUAUACUACUCAUGUUCGAUGAAAGUUAACUGCAAGAUUAACUGUAGAAUACAUAGUCUACUUAUACCAUUAGAGUCUGUUGGAAAAUAUCCCUUUGGUACAGUCAAUGGCAAAUAAUUAAAUUUAAUUCAUUAUAAUGCAACAUUUUUGUAAAUGUGGAAGAUUAUGAGUUAAAUAAUUUUUUUAACAAAGAAAAUUGAAGAUUUUUAUCAGUAUUGUUAUAAAAGUAUUAUUUAACACACAUGUUACUAUCAAUAUAUGAAAUUCCAGCAAUCUAUAGAAUGCUUAACAAUCUUAAACAAAGCAUGAAAUAUGAAAUAAUGUUUUACUUUGAAUAGUCAUUAUGUAGAAUGCAUAGGCAAUGUAUGAAAUAUCAAUAAUUUUAUACUGUGGCAGAAUUUCAGGCAUUCUACACAUUCAUUGACUAGGUAACUCUUACCAACUGACUAAGCCCGAUUUCAUGCACUGAUUGUAACAUACAUACAAUAGAUUGAAACAUACAUAAAAUAAAAUUGCAACAUAUAUUUUGAUAGACAUCUGUUUUGUAUUAAUUAAACUAAAACACACCGUCAGUGUCUCAUGAGGUAAAUAUUGCUAAGCCACGCUCUAUGUGUGCUGUCCAUUUGCCAAUACCUAGUAGUUUUUAUUUCAUACUUUUUUCCAACACCCAAAUUAGAAAGUAAAAAUAAGUCAUCUUUUGCUAAUUUUUACACCUGUGCUUGUUAUGAGACAUUAAAUAAAAAAAUCGCGUUAUAAUAUUGAAUAAUAGUUAUACACUGUUUUCAUACUAUAUUUGUGCAUUAAAGGUACCAAUUUAAUUUACAGUUUACAUUUGUUACAGAAUGAAACUGCCAAUUCUGUUGUGAAAAAUACAUUUUCAGCAACAAAUUUAAUAGCUAGUAUGUAUGUUUCUCUUUUGUUUAGAAUGUAAAGUCAUUUUAAAAAACAAAUUUGAUAUUUUUGUAUAAAACACAUACCUUCAUUUCGCCAAAAGUUGUAAUUGAAACAAUGUUUUAGUUAUCUAAUAAUUAGUAUUUAAUUAACUUACUUGGUUAAAAGUGUUUUAUUAGUAUAGUCAAAGUACAACGAAUAUCAUAGAAUAUAUUUAAAGUAUAUCUUCUAUGUUACCACUGUCUGACAAAUUAAAUGUAUAGCAUGACAUUUUUCAGUGUAUAGAUUUUUAGUUUUGAUAUAUUGCUUGAAUAUGAAAUACACUUCUUUAAAUUGAAUCUUUUGUAUAUUAGGUGAAUUUUGAUGUAACUAAAUGCACAGUCCACCCUUGUUGAUAAAGGAGUUGUUAUAUUACUAUAUUCAUUUGUAAAUUUUUAGAACAAAUAAAAUGUUUCACAAAUUUAA